GUCAUGUUCUCUUGCAGUGUGAAAGAUAUGCUCGGGAAAGGAGGACCUUGUUCGGAGACCUGCAAACAGCUGGAGAAGCAGUUUUUAGCAUGAGAACGUUAUUAAUCUUGGACAACUGGGCGAAAGUUAAGAGUCUGUUGGAGUUCUUGCACAGAACAGGAGUGUACACAAGAAUGAGAACUGAUCUAAGGAUUUGAUUCAUCGACCUGAGGAGGGCAGCAAUACGCCGUUGUUGCGUCUCGCCUGCCGUACCCAAAGAAGAAGAAGAAGACGCGUCGUUCCCACGACAACGAAAACGCCAAACAGCGGAGGGAAGUUAAGACUUCUGAAGUUAACUACGGCUGAUUAGCUGAGCUUUGUUAUUGUUGAUACACAUGUAUCUGAAGUGAUCUCUUUGAUAGUUUUGCAUUAUUUAGAGUUAAUAGUAGUUCAUUGUACAAGGCGGGAACCGAGGACGUGCUCAAACAUGAGUCGUCAUUGGAUGCACAACCAGCAGCAGAGGCUGAUGUCUCAGCGCCAGGGUCAGGAGCAGCACCGGGUGGAGGAGGCCCGGCGUGUGGACAGAGAGAGGCAGCAGCACGCCAGUCUGCGGGAGGAGGAGGACUUUGAGAGGAGGAGAUACCAGAGACAGGUUCAGGAGGGACUUAAGAAGAGGCAGAUGGAGAUUGAUCUGCUUAAGGCAGAGGAAGAGAGAGAAAACAGAGAAAAACAGCUAGAACAAGAAGAGAGGAUCGCUAAAGAGUUGGCCCGCAUUGACUUUGAGAAGCAAAGAGAAGAGAAAAUGAGACAGCAUAUCAAAGAGAACAGCAUGGAGCUUCGAGAGUUGGAGUCCAAGCUGAAAUCUGCAUAUCUGAACAAGGAAAGAGCCGCACAGAUUGCUGAGCAGGAAGCUAUGAGGUUUGAGACAAUGCGCGAGGAGGCAGACUUUUCUCGUAUGAUGAAACGUGAACGUGAGCAGACAGCCGCUGAGAAGCAGAAGCUGGAGCAGAGACGUCAAGAGGAGGUGGUGCAGUAUCAGAGAGAGCUGGAGCACCAGCUGAUGGAGAGAGAGCACAAGAGACAAGAGGCCUAUGAAGAGUUCCUCAAGGAGAAGCUCAUGGUGGACGAGAUUGUCAGAAAGAUUUAUGAGGAGGAUCAGAUGGAGAGGCAACUGAAAAUGGAGAAGGUCAGAGCCACUCAGCAACACAUCGAAGAAUUCAAGAGACAGCAGGCUGAGUGGAGACACAUGGAGCAAGAACAGAUGGAGGCAGAGAACAGACGCAUCAAGGAGUUUGCGAGCCAUCAGCAGCACAUCGAAGAGGCCAAGAUGGCAAAGAUGAAGGAGCGCGAAGAAGCAAAGGAGCAUCUGCUGAAACUACUGACUGAGAAGAUGGAAGAGGAGCGGAGGCAGCAUGAAGAUAUGGAGCGAGUGCGAGAGGAACUUUGUUUAGAAGAACGAGAAGAGGCUAACAGGCAGAAAGAAAUUGAAGAGAUGGAGAAGAAAAUCAGACACAGGCUGAUGAUGCAGCAGACGUACCAGGAGCAAAUGGCUUUCAAAGAGAUGCGUAGGCAGGCACAGAAAGAGGAAGAGGAGGCCUUCAGGAAAAUGAUGAUGGCAAAGUUUGCAGAGGACGACCGGAUCGAGCCGAUGAACGCUCAGAAACGACGCAUGAAGCAACUCGAGCACAAGCGCGAGGUGGAGAAACUGAUAGAGGACAGAAGACGGCAGAUUCAGGCUAACAUGGAACUGGAGGCUAAAGAAAGAGCGGUUGAGCAGGAGAGGGAGGAGCAUCGUAGACAGAUCGUCGAAGAAGAGAGGCAGCGACUCCUUAAACGUCAUGCAACAAAACUCCUUGGAUACCUUCCAAAGGGCUUGCUCCGUGAAGAAGACCUACAGCACUUCGAUGAAGACUUCCGAAAGAACUUUCAAACACAUCAGCAAGACAUCUUCUCUGAAGGCAGCUGGGAAGAUAAGUAGUAUAUGCUGAAGUUCUGCGCUACACCACUAGAUGGCAGACUAAGGUUCAUCAGUGAAUCAAAUAGACAUUUAAGUGACCAUAGAGUUCUUCAUUUAUUAAAGCACUUGUUUAUCAUUCAGUAGCAAACAAGUAAUUAGGAGAUGUAAUUUUACUCAAGUUGUGCAGGAUCUUCAAUAAAAUAGUUUUAGAAAAGAUCUGAGGUGGUGGUAGCAACAAGUCUCUCCUUAUUUAUCUCGACAUCCUCCACCAAUCAAAAAGAAUAAACCUCUCAUCGUUCAGGACUUCCCCCAGUCCAGAGCCUUCACAAACUCUUCUUCUUUGAACGACAGCAGUUUUGCAGCUUCAAAAUGCAUCUGCAGAAAAGAGGAAGAGUAGGUUUAUAAGAUUAUAAACCACGAUGAAGAUGUGUAUUAACAGGGUAUGGCACAGAUUCUUACCUUUUGUCUUUUGAGAAUGUCAAUCAGCUUGAGCUGCUUCUUGAAGCCACAUGAGCUCGGCUUUCUGUUUUUUCAGCAGUUUGUUCUCUGUGAGUAGAUUUUCUUUACCCUGGAGCUCCUCGCUUGUCUUGUCCUUUGAAAAAUGAAAAAAAAAA